AUAUCAAAAACACAAACAAACAAAGGAGAGGGGAGAUCUCUCUCUCUCUCUCUCUCUGGCAACCAUUUCACCAACCCUAAUUUUCUCCGUCUCCAUUUCCAUUUUGAUUGAAAUUGAAAUCCUUUCUUAUAAUUUUCCUUCUUCUUUACCAAUUAAAUCCACCUUCACUUCAUUCAUUAAUUUAUACCAACACCUAUACAUACAUAUAGAUAUAUACGUAGAUAUAGAGAUAUAACAUAUAUAUAGAUAUAUGCAGGAUAGCAGGAAAUAGCAAAGAGGAGGCGGUGGUGAGAAAAUGGUGGGAGGAGGUGGAGCCUUGGAUCGGAAAAGAAUAAAUGAAGCCUUGGAUAAACAUUUAAAUAAUUCUAAUUCUAAUAAUCCUUCAACUUCCUCCAGGCUUUUGAAUAAUAAUAUUAAUAAAGAAAAAGAUAAUAAUAAAUUAUCAUCUAUUCCUUCAACUUCCACUGCCAAAACUAAUAAAGCAGCUUCUGAUGAGGAAUCAGAGACAGACAGUGAGGAGUCUGAUGUUAGUGGUUCUGAUGAGGAUGACACUUCUUGGAUCUCAUGGUUUUGCAAUUUGAGGGGAAAUGAAUUUUUCUGUGAAGUUGAUGAUGAGUAUAUUCAAGAUGAUUUUAAUUUGUGUGGAUUAAGCAGUCAAGUUCCUUACUUUGAUUACGCGCUUGAUCUUAUUCUAGAUGUGGAGUCAUCCCAUGAUAUGUUCACUGAAGAGCAGAAUGAACUUGUUGAAUCAGCAGCCGAAAUGUUGUAUGGGUUGAUACAUGUGCGGUACAUAUUGACUCCCAAGGGAAUGUCUGCCAUGUUGGAGAAAUACAAAAACUAUGACUUUGGACGGUGCCCACGAGUUUAUUGUAGUGGGCAGCCGUGUCUCCCUGUUGGACAAACAGAUGUACCACGUUUGAGUACUGUGAAAAUAUACUGUCCAAAAUGUGAAGAUAUUUACUACCCCCGUUCCAAAUAUCAAGGCAAUAUUGACGGCUCUUAUUUCGGCACCACCUUCCCCCAUUUGUUUUUCAUGUCUUAUGGCCACUAUAAACCACUUAAGGCAACACAAAACUACGUCCCAAGGGUAUUCGGCUUCAAGCUCCAUAAACCAUGAACAGCCUUGUUUUAACUGAGGCUAUAUUUUCAGUUGACUGGUUUUUGCUUCUGCAAGCGGUUCUGUCGAGCCAGGUUGGUUAAAAUGCAGAUAUGUCCAGAAACGGAAUUUGAUUGACACUGCGAAUGGUGGAUCAUUUCUUCUAUUUUUAAGCAAAACUUGUAUCGGAAAAGUACUUGAGAUGGUAUUAGAAUAGUAGUUGCAAACUUUUAUUUUUAAUUGAUUUGGAAAUUUAUAUGGUGAUUCACUUGGUCAUGUAGUUGCAGUAGUUACUUUUCCUACAGGACAUGUUACCUUUAAGAGUGUUACUUAUUUGACAUGUUCAAUAGGAAUUGUUAUAUUCUAGUUCUAAACUUGGGAACUAUUUUUGUAAGUAGAAGAUGAAUAUUUUAUAUUUGUUUUUUUCAUAA